UUGUGUGGGAGACAGAGAUAGACACAUGCAUGGAGACAUCACACACACAUUACACAUACACAUGCACUCAGCACACACACCCAUACACGCACACAUAUAGAUGCAUCGCACACAGACACUUGUGGGAAACAGUCUGUCCUCCAUCUUAUUUCAUUCUUCACAUCUUGUCUCUUGUGUGUGUGUGUGCAGGUGUAAGGGGGCGUCCCAUUAUGGCCUCUCCGCAGACAGGAAGCGACGCUCACAGGAGGGGGAGUGCACUGACAGCACCUCAGAGCUUACCCUCGCCACGCUGGCCAAUGACGGCCCUGCCUCUGCCGUGGCCCUCCUAUCAGACGAGCCCGGCCUGGUUAACCCCGCCUUCGACCCCAACAUGGAGGACAACAGCCAAUCAGGAAGCACCACAGCCUGACAGCACGCAACUAGCACCAAGAAGAUCCGCAGUUUUGACCGCAGCUCUGUGCGGAGCCGCUCGUUCCGGCGUCUGAACCGAGCGUUCAGCGUGCUGCGCAGAACCAAGAGCGGGAACGCCGUCUCCAACGAGACCACGGAGGAGCGGGACAACGUCAGGAACGCCAGCACCCCCACCCCAGUGCUGCUCCUCCCUCAGCUGCACCACCUGAUCCCGGACGGCGAGAUCACCAGCAUCAAGAUCACAAGGGCCGACCCCGCCGAGCCCCUCGCCAUCAGCAUCGUCGGGGGCAGCGAGACGCCGCUGGUCCGCAUCCUCAUCCAGGACAUCUACCGGGAGGGGGUGAUCGCCCGCGACGGACGACUGCUGCCUGGAGACAUGAUCCUCAAGGUGAACGGCAUCGACAUCAGCACGUUCCCCACUGCUUCGCCCUCGCCACCCCUGAAGCAGCCCUGCUCACUCCUGCGCCUCACCGUGCUCCGCGAGCAGCGCCACCGCUACCGGGCCCGCGGCCACGCCCCUCCCGGCCCCGCCCCCGGCCAGAGGGACGACAGCCUGCGCGUGGUGCUGAGUAAGAGCGCGCCGGAAGAGCAGCUGGGAAUCAAGCUGGUGCGGCGGCCAGACGAGCACGGUGUGUUCGUCUUCCACCUGCUGGAGGGCGGCCUGGCCGAGCGCGACAGCCAGCUGUGCGUCAACGACCGCGUGCUCGCCAUCAACGGGCACGACCUGCGUUACGGGGCGCCCGAGCACGCCGCGCUGCUCAUACAGGCCAGCGAGGAGCGCGUCCACUUCCUGGUGUCUCGUCGUGUGCCAGCCCCCCCAGACCUGCUGCAAGAGCCCCCCUGGGCACUGGAGGCCCCCCCCUACUCACCUGUAGACAUGGAGCACACCCUGCUGGACUCGUGUGAGAAGCCGGGCUGCUACGAGAAGACAGUGACCCUGUCCAAACUGCCCCACGAGUCUCUGGGUAUGACGGUGGCAGGGGGCGUGUCCAGCCGGGGCUGGGACCUGCCGGUCUAUGUCACCAACGUGGACGCCAGCGGGGUGGUGGGACAGGAGGGCUCCAUACGCAAAGGUGACAUCCUGCUGAGUGUGAACGGCGUGGAGCUGACGGGGGUGACGAGGGGGGAGGCGGUAACCAACCUGAAGAACACCUCGUCCCCCGUGGUGCUGAAGGUGCUGGAGAUGCACCCCUUGCAGGAGAGCCCGCUGGACGGCCCCUGCCUCACCCCCUCCCCCCCCUGCCUCACCCCCUCCCCCACCGAGGGCACCAAGCGCCCCCUGGCCAGCGAAGACCACUCCCCCCUCUGGGUGUCCUGGCUGCAGCUUCCCAGGCACCUGUACUGCUGCAAGGACAUCGUCCUGCGCCGCAACACGGCGGGCAGCCUGGGGUUCAGCAUCGUGGGGGGUCAGGAGGAGGUCAACUGCAACCAGUCCUUUUUCAUCCGCUCCAUCGUGGAGGGAACGCCCGCCUACAAUGACGGGCGCAUACGGUGUGGGGACAUCCUGCUGGAGGUGAACAGUAAGAACACGUGGGGGAUGACCCACACGGCGCUGGUCAGACUGCUGAAGGAGCUGAGGGGACGGAUCACCCUGACCAUCGUCUCCUGGCCCGGGAGCCUGCUGUAGCCCCGCCCCAGAGACACGCCCCCUGGAGACACGCCCCCCAGAGACACCUGUAACCCCACGUCCGAGACACCCUGGAGCACAGCUCCCAUGGAUGCCUCACCUCCUGAAACUCCCCCACCCCCCACCCCCUUGGAGACCUGCCCCUCUGGUCUAACACACCACUGGGGGGAGGGGCUUGGAGAUGUUGCUAUGGAACCCUGACUCCUGAUGGACAACUGAAUUUGCCAGGAUUGGGGAGGGGCAAACCAUGUGACUUGACAUAUCCCCUCAGGAACAGGGUGCUGUGGGUUGUUGCUGUAUUGCCCUCCCCCAACGCAGGGAGCAAUUGGAUUGGACAAAAGGGUUGUCCUCGGACUGCACACAGGAAGGAUUGGCGGGCGGGGUUAAGGGUGGGGGGCGGGGCGAGGGGGUAGGGACACAUUGCCAAUUACUGUAGUUGUAUGUUAUAGUAUGCAUUUAGUUGGGACUUACAUUUAUUUACUGUAAAUGUUGGGUGUCUAAAAUGUAGUGAUUCAAGCACUUGUACUAUGUUUCUGUUUGGUUUCAUGGCUUGGUUCUGUUUGUGCUGAUGAUGGUGGUCCAUGGCCUGAUGACACUCUGCCAAGUAAUCUUUGUGUGCACAUAGUUUUGUUUUCGGAAGCUGUUGCUAAAUUAGACAAAACGUUGGUGAUAAAAUAUAGAAAAAACUAAAUACAAGUAAAAUGUGUUCAUCAUCUGUUAUGAGUGAUGUUAAGGUGACGUUGUGGAGGCCUUAAUGAUUUUACUACUUUUGAGAAGAAAAAUCUUAGCUGACUUGGUUUGUGUGUUUCAGUUGGAAAGCUGGGGCUUGUGUGUCUCCCACUAUAGUCUAUCUAACUGUAGAUUCAGUUCAAUCAGGAGAGACCUGGGAUGAGUGAAAGAUGUUUAUUACAGACUAAUAAAUGUACUAAGGUGUUUGGAGCUUGAACCCCACGGGGAAUUAUAUGGAUCAACGGGCGCCUGCCCAACGCCCGAAGAAGAAUCCCCCACGGAGUCCAGACACUGGUGGCGGUGGCGGCAGCCGACGACCAAUCGAGCCGAAGACUGAGACAGGAACCGGGCGGCAACGGGGUGGUGGAGGGUCGCGCACUUGAUAGCAUGGACAAACUACAGAGGGAGAGAAUCAUAUUUAAAGGCACGGAUCAUGUGACACCAUUAAUUGAUAGCGGGAGCGCUAAUCGACCUGAACCCUAGUGACCGCCCGUCCAGGGAAACGGGGGGAAGGUAGGGCGUUCUUAGCGGGGGGAGUGAGAAGUGUACACUACGAUUAAACCCGAGUGCAGAGAUCGGUCUUGCCUGACUGAACUUGCGCAAGCUUCAUUUGGUACAGUCAUACCUGUCUGUUCUGACUGUACCUACAGUUUGUCUGGUUGAAUGUGUACCUACAGUCUGUCUGAGUGUAUGACUGUACCUACAGUGUCUGGUUGAAUGACUGUACCUACAGUCUGAGUGUAUGACAGUACCUACACUGUACCUACAGUCUGUCUGAUUGCAUAACUGUACCUACACUGUACCUAGUUUGUCUGGUUGAAUGACUGUACCUUCAGUCUGUCUGAGUGUAUGACUGUACCUACACUGUACCUACAGUUUGUCUGGUUGAAUGACUGUACCUACACUGUACAUAGUCUGUCUGGUUGAAUGACUGUACCUACAGUCUGUCUGGUUGAAUGACUGUACCUACAGUCUAUCUGAUUGUGACUGUACCUACACUGUACAUAGUCUGUCUGGUUGAAUGACUGUACCUACAGUCUGUCUGUGACUGUACCUACACUGUACAUAGUCUGUCUGGUUGAAUGACUGUACCUACAGUCUGUCUGGUUGUAUGACUGUACCUCUGGUCAAAUAAUCAAUAAAGUCAUUUGAAAAGGAGGCUGUCAGAAACC